AGAGAGAUGAACUGUUGAUAUUUUGUUAACAGUUUACCCUUUGUGGACCACCGUCCCGCAAGAAACGCAUACCGUCUUUGUCUUUCUCUCACGAGGUGGUUGUAUUUCUCUGUAAUAACCAAUCAAAAGAAAGAAAAAAAACUUCCAUUUGAACUAUUGCAGAAAGCUCAGCUUGUCUGUCUUCUCAGCUCAAGUCCCCUUCUCUCUCUCUAUCCCAGUAUCUCUCUCUUUCUCACUAUAGACUAUUCAUUAUAAUGUAAUAAUGAGUCUAAAUACAGAUACUGUUCUUAUCUACAUUAGUUUCAUUACAUCAUCUCUGUUCAGCUCCUUAUUAUAGAAGAACAAGAUGACUAUGAAGAAACAGAAACUCACCCUUAUACUAAAAUAAAAGGAGAGAGAGAGAGAGAGAGAGAGAGAGAGAUUUAAAGAUAGAUCUAUUAUACUAUACUUUAUUUUAUUUUCAUUUGAGAUUUUAAUUUUUCUCUCUUGAUUGGGAGAAAGAAAUGAACAAUCUGAGUUACCUAGAACCAGAUUACUCUGAGUUUGUUGAAGUUGAUCCCACUGGAAGAUAUGGAAGAUAUAAUGAAGUUCUGGGUAAAGGAGCUUCAAAGACUGUUUACAGAGCAUUUGAUGAAUAUGAAGGCAUAGAAGUAGCAUGGAACCAAGUAAAGCUCUACGAUUUCUUACAGAGCCCUGAAGAUCUAGAGAGGCUCUACUGUGAGAUUCAUCUCCUCAAGACCCUUAAACACAAGAACAUCAUGAAGUUCUACACCUCUUGGGUUGAUACAGCUAACAGAAACAUCAAUUUCGUUACUGAAAUGUUCACUUCUGGCACCUUAAGACAGUAUAGACUGAGGCAUAAGAGAGUGAACAUAAGAGCUGUGAAGCAUUGGUGUAGACAGAUCUUGAGAGGCUUACAUUAUCUACACAGCCAUGACCCUCCUGUAAUCCACAGAGAUCUCAAAUGUGACAACAUCUUCGUUAAUGGCAAUCAAGGUGAGGUCAAGAUUGGAGAUCUUGGCCUCGCUGCCAUUUUAAGAAAGUCUCACGCUGCUCAUUGCGUAGGGACGCCUGAGUUCAUGGCUCCUGAAGUAUAUGAAGAAGCUUAUAACGAACUAGUUGAUAUAUACUCGUUUGGUAUGUGCAUUUUGGAGAUGGUUACAUUUGACUAUCCUUACAGUGAGUGUACACAUCCUGCUCAGAUCUACAAGAAAGUUAUGUCGGGGAAGAAACCAGAUGCAUUGUACAAGGUGAAAGACCCGGAAGUUAAAUACUUCAUAGAGAAGUGUUUAGCCACUGUUUCACUUAGAGUUUCUGCUCGUGAGUUACUAGAUGACCCUUUUCUACGUAUAGACGAUGGUGAGUUUGAUUUGAGAUCAGUUGAUAUGGAUGUGCCACUAGUUAGGCAGCAGCAUCAUCAUCUUGCUGACUACUACAACUACCCUAGUAGCUCUUUGAACCGUCAGUAUUCAAAUGGUUAUGAUAGCCACCAUGAGUAUCCGAACAGAUGGGCUUAUAAUCCAGCUGAGACAGAGGAGACUCAUGGAAUUGAGCUAUUUGAGUGUCGAAAUGAAAAUGAUCAAGAAGAAGAUAAGAGUUCUGGUAAUGUUGAUAUAACUAUUAAAGGCAAGAGAAGAGAUGAUGGUGGCUUGUUCUUGCGUCUUAGGAUCACUGACAAAGAAGGGCGUGUCCGAAACAUUUACUUCCCAUUUGACAUAGAGACAGACACAGCACUGAGCGUUGCAACAGAGAUGGUAGCAGAGCUGGAUAUGGACGAUCACGGAGUCACAAAGAUAGCCAACAUGAUAGACGGUGAGAUAUCUAGACUUGUGCCUAGUUGGAGACCAGGCCCUGCGUUUGAAGAGUCCCUUGCGGCUGCUGCGGCUGCCGCAAACGCAAACAUUUGCAGCAACUGCGUAUCGAACCGUACCUCAAUGGGGUCCGUGAUGGACUUCCUGAGGACAAACCCUGGAGCAAACGUUGCACAAUGUUGUAGAAACGGGUGCAGUGAGACUCACGGUCGGUUUGAAGAGAUUACUAUAAGAGAAACUGAGGUUCGUCUUAGAGAGUUAUGGAGGCUGCAGCAACAGCAGGAGAGUAGAGAGCUUAGCUCGAUAGACUCAGGACAAAACCAUUCAGAAGAGGAAGAGGAGGAAGAAGAAGUAUAUGAGAACCCUGAAAUCACGUUUCCGUGUGAAGCAAGUAACGGUCUAAACCAUCUAUCAGGCUCUGGAUCGUUCUCGUUUUUGCCGUCUUUAUACUGCGAUGAUGAGGUGGUUGAGAAGACUGAACAUCAGGUUCAACAAGAGUUAAGAUGGCUUAAAGCCAAGUGCCAAAUAGAGGUCAGAGAGAUGCAAGAUGAGCAGUUAAAGUCUCAGUGGCGGCCGGAGAGAGAUGAAGAUAGUGUGAAGGAGAAGAUGUGUGGAGAAAGAUUGCUACCAAAAUGUCUUAAAAGGACAACUUCACUUCCUGUCGAUGCCAUUGAAUCUUGAUUACGUUGUCUUUUGGUUUUGCCCAUGUAUACAUAUUGUUAUUAAAGACUUUUAAGUGUAACCACACGAGUAUACCUAAGAGAGCCUCGUUAUUUCUGUUGAGGUUAUUCUUGCAACAA